CCGGCCGAUCACGCACCGCCGCCUGCUCAUGUGCGCAGCGCGAGGCUCGAGUCAGCCAAAGCUAAGCAACCGAUAGCUUAUUGUUUUUUCUUUUCACCAAGUGUUGGGGACAGGCUGCACUUCUGCUACUGCACUACCAUGGCAGUGCGAGUGCUUCCUCUUCCUCCAGUGCUCGUGCUUCCUCUGCUCCUGGCUCUGGUUGCUUCGGUCCAUGGCUACGGCGGCUAUGGCGACGGCAAGCUCAGGGUUGGGUUCUACAAGGAUUCGUGCCCGGACGCCGAGGCGAUCGUCCGGGAGAUUGUCGCCAAGGCCGUCCACAAGGACCCGACGGCGAACGCGCCGCUGCUGAGGCUCCACUUCCACGACUGCUUCGUCAGGGGCUGCGAGGGGUCGGUGCUCAUCAACUCCACCAAGGGGAACACGGCGGAGAAGGACGCCAAGCCCAACCACACGCUGGACGCCUUCGACGUCAUCGACGACAUCAAGGAGGCGCUGGAGAAGAGGUGCCCCGGCACCGUCUCCUGCGCCGACAUCCUCGCCAUCGCCGCCAGGGACGCCGUCUCGCUGGCUACGAAGGUGGUGGCCAAGGGGGAGUGGAGCAAGGACGGCAACCUGUACGAGGUGGAGACCGGCAGGCGGGACGGCAGCGUCUCCAGCGCCAAGGAGGCCGUCAAGAACUUGCCCGACUCAUUCGAUGGAAUCCGGAAGCUUAUCAAGAGGUUUGCAUCCAAGAACCUCAGCCUCAAGGAUCUGACUGUUCUCUCAGGUGCCCACGCGAUCGGCAAGUCGCACUGCCCGUCGAUCGCCAAGCGGCUGCGCAACUUCACCGAGAACCGGGACAGCGACCCGACCCUGGACAGGGCGUACGCCGACAGGCUCAGGCGGCGGUGCUGGAGGCCCAAGGACAAGACGACGGAGCUGGAGAUGGUGCCGGGGAGCUCGGAGACGUUCGACACGGCGUACUACGGCCUCGUGACCAAGCGGAGGGGCCUCUUCCACUCCGACGAGGCCCUGCUGCGGAACGACGUCACCAAGGGGCUCGUGUACCGGUACAGGGACUCGCCGGAGACGACGUUCUUGAGGGACUUUGGGGUGUCCAUGGUGAACAUGGGCAGGGUGGGCGUGCUCACCGGCAGCCAGGGGGAGAUCAGGAAGAAAUGUGCCUUCGUUAAUUAGCUAAUGGGGUGUCUUUGUUUUGCGUUGCCUAUAUGCUGGUGUUUCACGGCUUUAAAAGGCUUCCGUUUAAUUAUACAUAUUUGUUUAGGAGUGUCUUAGGUUCUAUGAUUGUGAACAUUUGGAUUGAUGUCAACUGUACCUUUGAUGGAAUGUGAUAACAUACAUGUUUUCAUCGUGGACAC